AACAAUGUAAAUAAAUUCAUUUUCAUUAAAUUGCCGUAUAUUCAGAUGACUUAAAUUUUUAUUAAUUUUCUGUGCUAACAAGUGCAAGCCGAACCGAAGAUGCAAUUAAGUGCAGGAUUUUCCUAUAUUCGUAUGGUGUAAAUUAAAUAUUUAUAAUCCUCAUAUGUAUGUACGUAUCACCACCAACAUCUAAAAAUGCUCACACAUGUCAACAGCAUUUCAUUGGUACGCUCAACAACAACAAAGCCAACAACAAACAUCAUCACCGCUCGCCAAACGAUGACAGUUCAAUAUAGAAAUCUCAUAAAUCAUGCAACACCUGCCGGAGCAUGGAUGCCAAAAGGAUUGAAAACAUUAAAUGGCAAAGUUGAAACCCUUUCAACACAUCCUGAAAUUGAGCCAUCAGCAUCUUGUACGCAUCACCCACAUGCGCAUCGUAAACAACAUGGAACGGACAAUCUACAAGAGGUCGAGUCGCAUCACAAACGUUAUCACCACGCCCAAAGCUUGCGCUCCAUGCACACCUCGCCAUCAGUAGGUGGUGGCAACCACAAAUGCUCGGAUAAUUUGGCACAGAUUUGUCAAAACGUUGGUGUGAGUCAAAUUCAGCUGGACGAUACCAAAGUGUUGCCCUUCGGUGUACUUUGCGAUGCCGAACGUUGGAUUGUCGUCCUGCAGCGUUUAGAUGGCGCUGUUGCAUUUCAUAAUCGCACAUGGAACUCGUAUAAGCAAGGUUUUGGCAGUGUUGGUGAGAAGAGUGAAUUCUUUUUGGGCUUACAACAUUUGCAUGAGCUCACCUUCAGCGGUUUCUUUGAGCUACGCAUUGAUUUGGCGGAUUUCAAGGGCAUUGAGAAAUACGCGCAUUACAGUGAUUUCAGUGUCUUCAAUGAACGUGCUGACUACAAGUUGGGUAUAUUAGGUGUUUAUCAUGGCACGGCCGGUGAUUCUUUCAUGUACCAUGAGAGCCAGCAGUUUAGCGCAAUUGAUCGUGAUAAUGAUGCCAAAUUGCAAGGUAGCUGCAGUGAGGAAUAUAAUAGUGCUGGCUGGUUUAAGAAUUGUAUGGAAAGUAAUCUUUUCGGUAAUUAUUUGCAUGGUGAGACGGAUAAGUUUAAGGAAGGUAUGUAUUGGGAAACCUUCCAUGGGCCGGAAUAUUCUCUAAAGCAAGUCAAAGUGUCUAUCCGUGCUAAAUGUUAAAUUCCAAUAUAAUUCGAGUAGAAUAAAAAUAAAUAAUCAUUACGUAACAGAA